AUGACCGGCAGUAGUUUGAUCCUGCAAACGCUGAGGCUUAAGAACCCCAAGCUUCUGCUUCUGGAAUAUUGCUCCAAUCUUCGUGAUCUCAAUAUCAUCCAUGCUCAUAUGAUAAGAACCCUUGCCUUCUUCGACGUAUUCGUAGCCAGUCGCUUGGUUGCCUUCUGUAUAGACACCACCGUUGGAACAAGCUUGCUGGAUUAUGCCGUUAGGGUCUUCUCCCAAAUCCAGAAUCCUAAUCUCUUUGUCUACAACGCGUUGAUCCGCGGCUGCUCAAGCAGUGAAAAUCCAGAAAAUUCAUUUCAUUACUACACACAAGCGCUUCGCGCAGGCAUUCUUCCUGAUAAUUUAACUUUCCCAUUUUUGGUUAAGUCAUGUGCCCAGUUGGAGUCUGCUGCUAUGGCCGCUCAAGCGCAUGGUCAAAUCAUUAAGCAUGGGUUUGAAAACGAUGUCUAUGUGCAGAAUUCCCUUGUUCAUGUGUAUUCAACAGCUGGGGACAUUAAGGCAGCGAACUGCAUUUUCCUUAGAACUCAUCGAUUUGAUGUAAUCUCCUGGACUUCCAUGAUCGCAGGUUAUAAUAAAUGCGGGGAUGUAGAAUCUGCACGCGACCUGUUUGAUAGAAUGCCGGAGAAAAAUUUGGUGACGUGGAGCACUAUGAUCGGUGGAUAUGCUCGGAACAAUUGUUUUGAUGAAGCAGUCGCAUUAUUUCAAGUUCUUCAGGAAGAAGGACUGAGGGCAAAUGAAGUGGUGAUGGUGAGUGUGAUAUCUUCAUGUGCCCAUUUAGGUGCUCUUGAAACGGGGGCGAAAGCCCAUGAGUAUGUGAUAAGAAACAACUUGACUAUGAAUCUGAUCCUUGGAACAGCUAUUGUUGAAAUGUAUGGAAAAUGUGGGAAUAUCGAGAAAGCUAUUCAGGUUUUUGAGCAGCUCUCAGAAAAGGACACAAUUUGUUGGACAGCUUUGAUUGCUGGACUAGCCAUGCAAGGUUAUGGGCAGAAAGCCCUUCACUGUUUUUCUGAAAUGGUGAAAGCAGGGUUUAAGCCAAGAGAUAUCACAUUUACAGCAGUAUUAGCAGCUUGCAGCCAUGGAGGAUUGGUUGAAAGAGGUUUGGAAAUAUUUGAAAGUAUGAAGAGGGUUUACAGUAUAGAACCGAGGUUGGAACACUAUGGAUGCAUGGUUGACCUUCUUGGCCGAGCGGGGAAACUGGAGGAGGCGGAGAAAUUUGUUCUCGAAAUGCCAGUGAAGCCAAAUGCUGCAGUGUGGGGGGCAUUGCUCGGAGCUUGCCGGAUUCACAAAAAUGUAGAACUUGGAGAAAGGGUGGGAAAGCUUUUGAUACAGCUGCAGCCAGAACACAGCGGAUAUUACGUGCUGCUUUCAAACAUUUAUGCACGCACUAACAAGUGGGAAAAUGCGAGCAUCGUGAGACGAAUGAUGAAGAACAGAGGAGUUAGAAAGCCACCUGGUUGUAGUCUCAUUGAGAUGAAUGGAAAGAUUCAUGAAUUUAUGGUUGGAGAUAAAUCACACCCAGAAAUAGAGCAGAUAGAAAGAAUGUGGGAAGAUAUACUCCAGAAAAUCAGAUUAGCAGGGUACGUUGGAAGUACAGGUGAUGCAUUGUUUGACAUAGAUGAAGAGGAAAAGGAAGAUGCACUUCACAGGCACAGUGAAAAAUUGGCCAUUGCAUUUGGAAUUCUGAAGGCAAAAGCUUGCAUUCCAAUACGCAUAGUGAAAAACUUGCGAGUCUGUGAAGAUUGCCACACGGCCACAAAGUUUAUCUCAAAGGUUUUCAAAGUAGACUUAAUUGUCAGAGAUCGAAACCGUUUCCACCAUUUUAAAGAAGGCUUGUGUUCUUGCAUGGAUUAUUGGUGAUGAGCUUUGUAACGUUUUUUCAUUCGCCAAAUGCUCACGCUUGGAUUUGAAUAAUAUAUAUUCGGGAGAGGCUUAACAUUUCAUGAUUUAUGCACUUGUCAACUGUGUUGAAGAGCUCGCUGACACAUCUAUGAAUAAAGCUCGCUGGAUUAUUUGGGUUGUGGGUGUUUUCAUCAAAUACUUGUUCAUUUCCUCUCCCCAAGACUUUCAACUAGUACCCUUGAAGGUAUAGAACACUGCAGCCGCUUUUGAGCUUUGGCUUUGCAAGCUUGUUCCAUGUUCAAACGCUUCAAUCAUUGUCUCUUAACUCCUAUAUGCUGUCCUCCACAUCAACUUCACAUCCAUGGCAGUAAGCGGAGUCCGAAGAACGUUUAGCUAAUAUAUAACUAACUGUUCAUGUUGUUUGCUAGCUAUUUUUUAGAGUAUUUUAACUUUACUAA